GGGAGAGGCUUCUGGAGCAGAGCAGUGCAGACAGAGUGCCCUCCGGGGAGAUACUCAAGUCCCAGCAAGAGUCUCAACAGCUGAAUGGAAGAAAAUAAUUUUUAACAAACAGUUUGUUAUUUACAUACAGAAAGAAGACUGAAUAAAAGAAGACCGUGAUGGCACCAGCCCAUCUGUGCAGUUUGUGUCUCCUCGCACUGUAUUUGACAACUGGAUAUGGCCAAGAGUGGAGGUUUAGUGGACCCCUGAAACCCAUGACAUUUUCUAUUUUCGAAGGCCAAGAACCCAGUCAAAUCAUAUUCCAGUUUAAGGCCCAACCUCCUGCUGUAACUUUCAAACUAACUGGGGAGACAGAUGGAAUAUUUCAGAUAGAACCAGAUGGACUUCUGUAUCACACCAGAGCUCUGGACAGGGAAACAAGGGCUUUUCACAAGCUUGAGGUCUCAGCCCUGGAUGCUAAAGGAGCGACAGUGGAAGGCCCAGUUCCCAUCACAAUAGAAGUGAAGGAUAUCAACGACAAUCAACCCACGUUUCUCGAGUCAAAAUAUGAAGGCUCAGUAAGACAGAAUUCUCGCCCAGGAAAGCCUUUUAUGUAUGUCAAUGCUACAGACCUGGAUGAUCCAGCCACUCCUAACGGUCAACUUACUUAUCAGAUUGUCAUGCAGCUUCCCAAGGUCAACGAGGUCAUGUACUUUCAGAUAAACAACAAAACAGGGGCAAUAUCACUUACCCGUGAAGGAUCUAAGGAAUUGGAUCCCAUUAAGAAUCCUUCAUAUAAUCUGGUGGUCUCAGUGAAGGACAUGGGAGACCAGGCUGGAAAUUCCUUCAGUGACAGUGUACCUGUGGUUAUUACAGUGAAGGAGAAUAUUUGGAAAGCACCAGAACCUGUCCAGAUUGUAGAAAACUCGACGGAUCCUCACCCCAUCAAAAUCACUCAGGUGCGGUGGAAUGAGCCAGGUGCACAGUACUCCUUAGUUGAAAAGGAGAAGCUGCCAAGAUUCCCAUUUUCAAUUGACCAGGAAGGAGAUAUUUAUGUGACUCAGCCCUUGGACAGAGAAGAAAAGGAUGCAUAUGUUUUCUAUGCAGUUGCAAAGGAUGAGUUUGGAAAACCACUUGCAAUGCCACUGGAAAUUUUUGUGAAAGUUAAAGACAUUAAUGAUAAUCCACCUACGUGUCCACCCACAGCGACUGUAUUUGAGGUCCAGGAGAAUGAAAGAAUAGUUAGUGAUAUUGGGACUCUUAUUGCCCAUGACAUGGAUGAACCAAACACUGUCAACAGCGUUUUACAGUACAAGAUUGUGGAUCAAAUCCCUCCGUAUCCCAAAGAAGGACUCUUCCUGGUCCAGACAUACACGGGGGUGUUCCAGUUGGCCAAGCAGUCCUUGAAGAAGCAAGACUCCCCUCAGUACAACCUGACAGUAGAGGUGUCCGACAAUGACUUCAAGACCCUCUGUCAUGUGCAAAUCAACGUCAUCGAUAUCAAUGAUGAGAUCCCCAUCUUUAAAAAAUCAGACUAUGGAAACCUAACUCUUCCUGAAAACACAGCCAUUGGGUCCACCAUCCUAACCAUCCAGGCCACGGAUGCUGAUGAGCCCUUUACUGGGAGUUCUAAAAUCCUGUAUCGAAUUACACAAGGAGACGAUGAGGGGUGCCUGAGGAUUGACACAGAUCCCCAGACCAACGCUGGAUAUGUCAUAAUUAAAAAGCCUCUUGAUUUUGAAACAACCCCCAUUCACAACAUUGUGUUCCAAGCGGAGAAUCCUGAGCCCCUGGUGCAUGGUGUACAGUACAACGCCAGCUCUUUUGCCACAUUCACUCUUUUUGUGAUCGAUGUGAAUGAAGCACCUCAAUUUUCCCAACACAUAUUCCAAGCAAAAGUCAGUGAAGAUGUGGCUAAAGGCACUCAAGUGGGCAACGUGACUGCCAAGGAUCCGGAAGGUCUGGACAUAAGUUAUUCACUGAGAGGUGACAGGAGAGGUUGGCUUAAAAUUGAUCCGGUCACUGGUGGGAUCUUCAGUGCGGCUCCACUGGACAGAGAAGCUGAAAGUCUGUAUCGGGUAAAAGUGGUGGCAACUGAAGUAGGUGGAGCAUCCUUGAGCAGCACGGUGGAUUUCCACCUAACGCUGACGGAUGUGAACGACAAUCCUCCCCGGCUGGCGAAGGAUUACACAGGCUUGUCCCUCUGCCAUCCCCUCAGACAACCCGGCAGUCUCAUCUUUGAGGCUACAGAUGAUGAUCAGCAGUCAUUUCGGGGUCCACAGUUUACAUUUUCCCUUGGCAGUGAAAGCUUACAAAAAGACUGGGAGGUUUCCAAAAUCAAUGGAACUUAUGCCAGACUCUCCACCAAGCACACGAGCUUCGAAGAGAGAGUGUAUGACAUCCCAAUCCGCAUCAACGACGGGGGCCGGCCACCCUUGGAAAGGACUGUCUCUUUACCAGUUACUUUCUGCACAUGCACGGAAGGAAGUUGUUUCAAGCCCGCAGGUCACCUUCCCGGAAUGCCUACUGUGGGCAUGGCAGUUGGCAUACUCCUGACUACGUUUCUGGUCAUUGGUAUAAUUUUAGCAGCUGUGUUUAUCCAAAUAAAGAAGAAUAAAGGCACAGACAAUGUUGAAAGUGCUCAGACAUCUGAAGCCAAACCUCUGAGAACAUGAAUUUGAAAAGGAAUGUUCGUGUUUAUGUACCAAGUGCUAUUUCAGUAACACAACCAUUUAAUCCCAUAAUUUUGUUUUUCAUCCGACAUGUGCACCGUAAUUUUUUAGAGAUAUACUUUCUUGCCCUUUCAUAUUUUAUUACUUUUAGUUAUUUUAUGUGUGAUAGACAUAGGAGAUAGUUUCCAUUUUCCCAUGAUAGUUUUCUCCUCUGCAAAAGCCUUAGCUAUUUAUGCCAAAACAAAAUAUAUGUCUUUCCCCAUUAGGGAAAGAUGCGGUGAUAAAAUAAUCUGUGUAUUUUUCCUUUGUCAAGGAGAUUUAUCAGUCACCCAUCACAGAACUUCCUGGAUUCCAUUUAUACUUUUUAUCCACCUGUGUCUCACUCCUGUCUCCUUUAGUAUUUCACAAAUUUAAAAAUAUUUGCUGGAGAAAAGACAAAGUAAAAGUAUUAUUAAAAAUUAAAAGAGGAGCCUUGUCCCUUAGGUUGAACAGAAACUCUUUGGUGUCAUUAGCCUUUCUUAGUGCAGUGUGACUUGUGUGGCUCUUCAUCUGAGGAUUCUCCACUUGGGAACGUCACAAGCCCACCGCAGGCCACAGGGAGCGCUCCACAGAGACCAAUCGCUGACGGGGUUUACAUAAUACCUAUUACACUGACAUACGUACAUGCUGCGCAUGUUUUCUUUAUGUGUAUAUUAAUGAAGUUUUAGUUAUUGUAUAUUUAAUGUGUUGUGGAAAAUGAGGAAGUGUGAGAGAAAUAGUGACAAAAAUCAAGAAUAAAUGUUGGCUGUGGUUGUUUUUGUUUUCCUGAA